UUGAAAAAACUCUAUAAAACCUCUCCAUUUGUCCUUCUCAUGCUCUGCAUCUCGCCCACCGUGCCAACCUGCUGCUUUCUCCGUCCUUCUUCACAAAUGGCUUGGCGGAGGCACAGUAGCAUCUCACUCCAAACCUUGGCGUUAUGGAUUUCACUAAUGGCGGUAUUCAUCGGAACGGCGGAAUGCGCCCGGCGGAGCAUCCACCUCCCCGGCGGCAGCCGCGAUGGCGGGGUGAUGGGGGCGUUCCAGUACGCGGCGACGAGCUGCCGGGCCAACACGGCGUCGCUGAAGGACUUCGGCGGGGUUGGCGACGGCAAGACCUCCAACACGAAGGCCUUCCAGGCGGCGGUGGCGCACCUGGCCCAGUUCGCCGGCGACGGCGGCGGUGGUAUGCUGUACGUGCCGGCGGGGCGGUGGCUGACGGGCCCCUUCAACCUUACCAGCUCCUUCACCCUCUUCCUCCACCGCGACGCCGUCAUCCUCGCCACCCAGGAUAUUAGUGAAUGGCCUGUCAUCGAUCCUCUGCCCUCGUAUGGAAGAGGAAGAGAUCAUGCUGGUGGAAGAUACAGCAGCCUCAUUGGAGGAUCAAACCUCACUGAUGUAAUUAUCACAGGGGACAAUGGAACAAUUGAUGGGCAGGGGGCCUUCUGGUGGCAGCAAUUCCAUGGAGGCAAGCUUAAAUACACACGCGGAUAUCUCAUUGAACUAUUACACUCCGACCAGAUAUUUAUAUCCAAUCUUACACUACUCAACUCUCCUGCAUGGAACGUCCAUCCGGUCUACAGCAGCAACAUUAUAAUUUCGGGCAUCACUAUACUCGCACCACUCCAUUCUCCAAACACAGAUGGGAUAAACCCAGACUCCUGCACCCAUGUUCGAAUUGAGGACUGCUACAUAGUCUCUGGUGAUGACUGCGUUGCCAUCAAGAGCGGCUGGGAUGAGUAUGGCAUUGCUUUCGGAAUGCCGAGCCAGCACAUCAUUAUCCGAAGGCUAACCUGCAUCUCCCCGACCAGUGCCGUCAUCGCUCUAGGGAGCGAGAUGUCAGGUGGAAUUCAAGAUGUGAGGGCUGAGGAUAUCACCGCCAUCGAUUCCGAGUCCGGUGUCCGAAUCAAGACUGCUAUUGGGAGGGGAGCAUAUGUGAAGGAUAUCUUUGUCAGGGGGAUGAAUCUCAACACCAUGAAGUGGGUGUUCUGGAUGACUGGAGCCUACAAGUCCCACCCUGAUAACAAGUAUGAUCCCAAUGCCAUUCCGGUUGUCAAAGGGAUCAGUUACAGUGAUGUUGUUGCCACAGAUGUAACACAAGCAGCAAGGUUGGAGGGGAUUUCAAACGCACCAUUUACAGGCAUUUGCAUUUCUAAUGUCACAGUCCAUUUAGCAGCAAAGGCAAAGAAGCAGUCAUGGACCUGUACUGAUGUUGAGGGUGUGUCUAGUGGAGUGAGUCCUACACCUUGUGCUUCACUACCAGAUCGGGGUGCCGGUGCUGAGCCAUGCCCGUUCCCGACCGACAGACUACCUAUUGAUGAUGUGGUGUUUGAGGAGUGCUCAUACAUGAGCUAAUAAUCUCCGAGGUUGCAUUCGCAUAUGGUUCGUUCAUAUAGUGUUUAUCAAGUCAAUCCUCAUGUACAAUGGUGGCUGGUGGCAGAGCUUUUGUGUGCUUCUAGCUUCUUGAUGCUUAAGGUUUGCUAUAAAAAUGUUAAAGCCUUGAAGGUUAUGGAGUAAUCCAUUCCUCCUUUGUGUGCUAGAUCUAUGUUCUUACAUUUCAAAGUUCUAUAAUAUUUCCACAUAACUUGAUUACA